AUGCAGCUCCCUCGACCGUCCGGUAAUUUGGGGAGGACGAAGAACAUCCUCCAUUUCGCACAAGGAUUUAUCAUCUUCCUCGCCUGGGCUCUUACUAUCGCUAUCUGGACCAAGGGCGAUGGCAUCGAUGGACGGACAGUGUGGUACUGGAUCUUGUGUUGGAUCAGUCUUCCCGCCUUGGUCUAUCUUGCGGCAGUGCCUAUGUGGCCUCGAGCCCGUCGUUUCGGCAAUGUUUACGCCUUCGCCACAGUCGAUAUCCUAUACGCGAUUUUCUGGUUGACCGCAUGGGCCUGCUUGGCCUCGUAUGUCUCCCAAGGAAAGAGUAUCGGAAAGACCUCCACCGAUAGCAGCACUAGCACCAAGAGCUCCACCACCAAGGUCCGCCGAGCCGAUGCCACCACCACCACAACCAAGAGCACGAGCACUAGCACUGGAUCUGGCUGUGAUAACUGGGCUUACGGCAGCGCUGCUAAAUGCAGCUUGAGCGAGGCAACAACCAUCAUUGGUGUCGUUAUCUUCCUCCUUUUCGCAGCAACUGCCUACAUGUCGUUCCGCAAUGUCAUGCAUUUCCGUCGCACCGGUACCCUCCCAGACGCUGUCUCAGACCCCACCUUUGCGGCGCAGUCGAAAGCCGCUUUCUCCUCUAACCCCGCUCACGACUUCGAGGAAGACGAGGAUGAUUUCCGAUCCAGCCGCGCCGGUGGUCUGGGCUCAACACGGGGCGACCGCGACGAAGACUACGCUCUUCUUGAUCAGAGUGAAAUUGACGACCUAGGCAACCCGAAUGGCCGAUCGGCAAUGCACGGAGCUUACGACCCUACCGAGUCCUCCAUCGGAGGCAGCCACCUUUCUGAAUAUAACAGCACGCCCUAUGGUGGAGCCCAUGGGCAACAUUAUCCACCACCGGCUGAUGCAUAUACACCAUCUGAUUAUGGCUCUACGGUUGGCGGGUUCCAACAACGAGGUUAA